GCGAUACUGAGGGAGGUGCUAGCAUACUCUGCGCUAUCAUCAUUUUCCCAUAUUUCCAUGAGGGGCACGCGAAAAGCUCGGAAGUUGUACACUCGUCGUAUAUUUUCCGAGCGACUGGAGUUGCUUGUUUUUUAUUUUGCUUAAGAUUUUGUCAUUCGUUGAGAAUCGAGAUCUCUGCAACUACAACAAUGGCUGCGGCAAAUCUAUCACUAUCGCAUUCGUCGUAUUCGUCUCCGUCCUCUACUUGUUACUCAUCUUCGCCUUUCCAUCGAUGCCUUCUCCCUCGCUCGCCGUUAACUUUCCUCUCUCGUAAAUCGUUGAGGUUUGGUUUCUGCAGCGAAACUCCAAGAAUCCUCACCUUUCGUUCUCAAGUGCGGAAUUUGGGUCCGGGAGCUUCUUCUUCGGAUUCUAACGGUGAUGGAUUUGGAUCGAACCUGUCGAUGAAUCUCGGGGAAAACGAUGCUUCGAUUGCGUCGUCGGUUUCCGCUUCUCCUGCUUGUUCGGCCAUCGAUUUUCUCACUCUGUGCCAUCGGCUUAAGACGACAAAAAGAAAGGGCUGGCUCAACCAUGGGAUAAAGGGCCCCGAGUCUAUCGCUGAUCACAUGUACCGCAUGGCAUUGAUGGCACUGAUUAUUGGAGACCUUCCUGGUGUUAACAGAGAAAGGUGUAUCAAAAUUGCAAUUGUGCAUGAUAUUGCAGAAGUUGGAGAUAUCACGCCCUCAGAUGGUGUGCCUAAAAAAGAAAAGAGCAGGCGUGAGCAAGCAGCAUUAGAUGAAAUGUGUGAAGUCCUUGGUGGAGGAUUGAGAGCUGAGGAGAUUAAAGAACUUUGGGCAGAAUACGAGAAUAAUGCAUCUUUAGAAGCCAACCUCGUUAAAGAUUUUGAUAAGGUUGAAAUGAUUCUGCAAGCACUCGAAUACGAAAUGGAGCAUGGGAAGGUCCUUGAUGAAUUUUUUCUCUCUACAGCAGGGAAGUUCCAAACAGAGGUAGGAAAGAAAUGGGCAGCUGAGAUCACAAGAAGAAGAAAUUCGAGGUUGGGCAAUAGGUGAACUGAUCUUAUGUUCCAAGCCAUUCAUCUUUUCUCAAUCAGAUGAAGACCACCUAUCUUGUGUGGAUUUAUAACUGACCCAGCUUAAGUGUCUGCCAUUUUUUUAGCGGACUUUAUUACAACUGCAUGAGGGUUGAGUAUUUAUAGAAAAAUAUGUAUAACCCUCUCAAAAACAGAAAAACCUGACCCUUAACCUUAGGAGAGUCCAACCUGUUGAUCCCAUGGUUGGCCCAUGCUCUCAAUAUAUGACAUGUUACAAUAAAACUUUGAACUGAAGGAAAAUGUUAUUUUGGAUACUAUGGGCAAACCUUGAAGCCAUUAGAUUUAUAUCUUUACAAGCCGUGCUGGGUGUAUUCUGGGUAAAUCAACUCUGCUUGUAACCCAAGCCUGUAAAUCUGAGCUUAAACGUAAGCCUUAUAUUUAUAGCAUAGUAUUAUAUACAGAAAUUCUUAUUCCUA